AUGGCCGGUGAAGACAGAUGCGAUGCCGGCGUCGCGAGCGCUUCGUUGCGGGAGAUGUGCCAAAGAUGGAGUGAAAGAACUCUUAAAGAGGUUGUCUUGCCGAAGGUGAGGCGAUCACGGGAGACGCUUCAGCAAAUCAUGAGGAUUUGGCGCAAGCAAAAGCGUGCUGAUCUGGUCUUUGCUACCUUGGAGGUACUUAGAAAAGAUGGCAACAUCAAAGUUGAGGCACCUGUUUAUACUGUGGGAAUUUCCACCUGUGCUGACGCGAAACAAUGGCAGAGAGCAUUGAAGCUGCUGGAGGCUAUGCAGAAGGCUGAGAUUCAGGCAAAUUGUUUCAGCUAUAACGCGACCAUCAGUGCUUGCGAGAAGGGCGCACAAUGGGACCAAGCUUUGGUUUUGCUCGAAUCCAUGGGCCACAUGAAAGUCCGUCGUGAUGUUGUCAGCUACAACGCAGCUAUCAGUGCCUGUGAAAAGAGCGGGCAAUGGCAGCAAGCGCUGAUUUUGCUUGAGGCCAUGCCCCAGUCGCAAGUUCGGAGGGAUAUCAUCAGCUACAAUGCCAGCAUCAGUGCUUGCGAGAAGGGCGGGCAAUGGCGGCAAGCAUUGAUGGUGUUCCAUGGCAUGCUUCAGGCUCAGUUGCAACCAGAUGUAAUCAGCUGCAGUGCAGCCAUCAGUGCCUGCGAGAAAGGUGGCCAAUGGCAGCAAGGAUUCAUAUUGUUUGAGUCUAUGCCCAAGGCAGAAAUUAAGCCGGACGUCAUUUUCUACAGCGCAGCCAUUAGUGCAUGCGAAAAAGGCUGUGCGUGGCAGCAAGGAUUAAUGUUGUUUGAAGCUAUGUCCAAUGACAAUGUUCAGCCAGAUGUAUUCAGUUACAAUGCGGCCAUCAGUUCCUGUGAGAAGGCUGGACAAUGGCAACAAGCAUUGAGGUUGAUUGAAUUUAUUGCCCGGGCUGAAGUUCAGCCAACUGACUGCAGCUUCAAUGCAGGCAUCAGUGCUUGUGAGAAGUGCGGGCAAUGGCAGCAAGCAUUAUUGUUGUUUGAAUCCAUGCUCAAUACAGAGGUGCAGGCUGAUGUCAUAAGCUACAAUGCAGCCAUCAGUGCUUGUGAGAAGGGCGGGCAAUGGCAACAAGCAUUGAUGUUGUUUGAUGCUAUGCCAAUGGCAAAGGUUAAGCCACACGUUAUCAGCUACAGUGCGGCCAUCAGUGCCUGUGAGAGGGCUGGGCAAUGGUGGCAAGCAUUAGCCUUUUUUCAAGCCAUGCCCAAGGCCAAAGUUCAACCAAAUGACAUCAGCUACAAUGCGGCCAUCAGUGCUUGUGUCAAGGGCACACAAUGGGAGCAAGCACUGAUGUUAUUUGAAGCCAUGAAUAAAGCUACAGUUUCAGCUGAUGUCAUUAGCUACACUGCAGCCAUUAGUGCCUGCAAAAGGGGUGGGCGGUGGCUACAUAUAUUGAUGUUGCUUGAGUCAAUGGCAGCGAUGAUGCUUCUGGACAUGUGUUCCUGUUUAGAUGAAUCAUGA